AUGUCCAACUCUCAGGUAACUCCUAAGCCAAAGCCUCCUAAGCCAGGUGAUGGUGGUGGGUCCGGAGGAGAUUGGUCCGGUUCCGGAGGUGGAUCCGGUUCCGGUUCCGGAGGUGGAACCGGUUCUGGAGGUGGCUCUGGCUCAUGUCCCAGGCCAUCCCCGGAGAGCAUAAAAUGCCUGCAAGAAUGGGCGUGUCAGCAAGUCAUACGCCUGGAUCUGCGGUGUCUUCUUAAUCUGAAUGGCAACAAUUUGCUGGGCAAUCUGGUGAGCGUGCCCGGCGUAACCGGCGGAGGUGUUGUUCCCGGCGGAGGAGGUGGCGGAAUUCUGGGCACCCUGCUAAAUGGCUAA